UCAAGUAGUUCUCGCAUAGACUCGCGUCACCGCAUACACCAGGAACAUGUCAUCUGCCGCUCGACGUUUAUACAAAGUUCUUGUUACCCAUCCCGAGGUGCCGCUGCCAGCUCUGGAAUACCUACGUCAAAAAGGUUGUCAGACCAUAGUAUGUGAAAAUGUUCCACCAGUGCGUUCGGAUAUUUUGCAAAAGGUGCUCGGAGUUGAUGCCAUUUUUUGGGCUUGCUAUCAGCCUUUAAAUGCAGAGAUUUUGGACGCUGCCGGUAAUCAGCUGAAGGCAGUCACCACCAUGUCAUCGGGCAUAGAUUAUGUUGACGUGGGGGAAUUUAAAAGGCGUCAAAUGCCUUUGGGUCACACACCGGGAGUGGUGAAGAAUGGAGUUGCAGAUUUGGCCAUUGGUUUAAUGAUUGCUGCAGGACGUUUCUUUCAUGCCGGCCGGCAAGAGAUCGAAAGCUCCCAAUGGAAAACUGAACGCAUUGAUUGGCUUAUGGGACAAGAGAUUCGAGAUUCCACUAUUGGAUUCUUGGGAUUUGGAGGCAUAGGCCAGGCAAUAGCGAAGCGUCUACAAUGUUGGGAUGUGCGACAGAUUAUCUAUCACACACGAAAUCGUAAAGAAAAUGAUGGAGAAUUUGCAGCUAAACAUGUAACAUUUGAUGAAUUGCUGAGGGAAAGUGAUUUUCUGGUAGUUGCUUGUCCUUUAACUCCAGAAACCAAAGGGAAAUUUGAUGGCGGGGCUUUUGGUAAAAUGAAAAAUAAUUGCGUCUUCGUUAAUGUGGGAAGAGGAGGCAUUGUGGAUCAAGAGGCUUUAUGCCAGGCCUUGAAGUGCGGGCAAAUAUUUUCAGCUGGACUGGAUGUUAUGACCCCAGAACCACUGCCAGCUGAUCAUCCUCUGCUGAAAUUGCCAAAUUGCGUUAUUAUACCUCACCUGGGUACACAGACUAUAAAAACUACCAACGAAAUGGCCAUGGUGGCUGCCAAUAACAUCAUUAAUGCUCUUGAGGGACAACCCAUGGUAUCUCCCGCAUAUUAAAUGAAAUUUUGUAUAAGAAAAUGUUUUUUCUAUAAUAAAUGAAACGUCUGUUUUUUUUUACCAACUCAA